AUGAAGAUGCUGCUCAGCUGCUCUGCUUGCCUCCUCCUCCUCCUGCUCAGCUGCCUGAGUGAACCUGCGGCGAGCCGAACUCUGCAUCUGGACAGCUGCUCUGUCAGUGUUCACACACAUGAGCUGCGCAAAUACUACUCAGACAUACGAUCAAAUGCGAUAUCAGGAGAUGAUGAGAUCGAAAUCAAACUGUUGGAUAGAUCACUGAUGAAAAAUGUUCAGGAGGGUCAGACCUGCUGUUUCUUGCGUCUGGUGCUGCGUUUCUACGUUGAGAGAGUGUUCACCAACUAUGCCUCUUCUGAGCCACAGCACCAACGCUGCUCCAGCGCCCUGGCCAAUGCAUUCGUCAGCAUCAGAAGAAAUAUCCAUAAAUGUCACUGCCACUGUGGAGAAGAAACCCAAAGAACAAUCGAUUCAGUGCACGCUGAGUUUAUCAAGCUACAAGUAAACAAGGCAGCACAGAAGGCAGUGGGAGAGCUGGACACUGUGCUGGAGUGGAUGGAGGCACUUGGACCCAAAACACAAACAAAAUGAGCUACUCCUUAC